CAACAGAUUAUAUCAAUCCACGACAAAGCUGUUUUGUAUUCCUGCAGUUUAAUCUCACAAAAAGAUCAUUCAAUAUCUUUUCUCCCCAAAAAAAUCUAGGCCCAACUUUCAGACCUUCAGAUCAGUUGGGGGAUUAGCUGAGGAGCUCGACUCAACUAUCGGAGAUGUGGUUCACUACUGCAACAGCAAGUUGUUCGGCAAUGAAGUGAUUCUCAUGCUAAGAUCGAUUUUGAAGAACCUGUGGUUGCAUCGGAGCUGAUUGUCAUAAAUUCAAACCGGUUGAGGAGAUUAGCCGAGAAAAUAAUGUCAAACCGAGAAUUACCAGAUGAAGAUCCAAGUGAUUCACCAUCAAUCUCUCCUCCCUCGAGCAAUGAUGUUGUGGUUGGUUUUGAUGAAGACAUAGUACAAAUGAUGGACCGGCUAACUUACCAAUUUUCCUACCUACAAAUCCUCCCUAUUGUUGGAAUGGGAGGCAUUGGUAAGUCCAAACUUGCUAAAUCUAUUUAUCAUAAUCCAUUCAUCAUAAAGCAUUUUGAUAUUCGAGCUUGGGUCACAAUAUCACAAGAUUAUUGUAUAGCAAGUAUUCUCUCCAAAUUACUAGCUUCAGUAAAAGGAAAAGAUGAUCGAGGUGGAAGGGAUUCGUUGAAAGGAAUUGAACAAGUGAAGGUUGAAAUAUACCAAAUCUUAUGUGGGAGGAGGUUUCUCAUAGUACUGGAUGACGUGUGGAGUGUAAAAGCAUGGUAUCAAGUACAGAUACUAUUUCCUGAGAAUCGUAAUGGGAGCCGGAUCAUAUUAACCACAAGGCUAAUGGAUGUGGCUACUUAUACUGCCCCUCUCAGCCCCAUUCAUAUGAUGCGUUUCUUGGAUGACAAACAAAGUUGGCGUUUGUUUCAACACAAGGUUUUCGGAAAUCAAGAUUGUCCUCUUGAGCUACAAAGUGUUGGGGAAAAAAUUGUAAAAGGAUGUGGAGGAUUGCCCCUCUCAAUCGUUACUGUGGCAAGACUUCUGUCCGGGAUUCCUAGAACUCCAAAGAUGUGGCUGCAAAUUGAGAGAAAUGAUGGGCAGUUGGAAACAGUAUUAUCUUUUAGUUACUACCACUUGCCUCCACAUUUGAGGGAGUGUUUCUUGUAUAUGGCAGGCUUCCCUGAAAAUUAUGAGAUCCGUGUCUCUGAACUCAUCAGACUUUGGGUAGCUGAGGGCUUUUUGAAACGUCAAAAUGAAUCUAAAAGCAUAGAAAUGGCGGCAAAGGAGUGCCUGGAGGAUCUGAUCAAGCAAAGUCUAGUUUUGGUCACUAGCCGAAAAAGUGAUGGCAGAACCAAAACUUGCAGGUUGCAUAGCAUGGUGCGGGACUUUUGUAUGAGACAGGCCGGGCAAGAGAAAUUCCUUCUUCCUGUUAUGGACUACUUCCCUAAUCCUAUUUUAAGAAGGCAUUUUCUUCCACAAGUCCUCCAAAAUCACCUCCGUGUAAGUGUUAGUUUGUUUGAUCUACAUCUUAAAGACUAUACGCAUAGCUUAUGCACCACUUCUAUUAUAUGCAUCCCGCACAGAGGGUAUAGGCCCAAGGACUCUGUACAGAACUUUACCUCACUUAGGGUACUUCACGUUUUACGUAGAAAUGAUCAUUCAUAUUGGGAGCUAGGUCAAGUGUUUGAUUUGAUUGAUCUCACUUACCUUGCUUCCAACAUUCCGGAGAGUAUUGUCCCUCCAACUAUAGCAAAGCUUCAGAAUCUGCAGACUUUAAUUAUUUAUAGAUCUGAUGUUCAUUUGCCUGAGGAAAUUUGGAGUCUGAGGCAGUUGAGGCAUCUCAUUGCCUUCUCAUUUCAACCUUUACCCCUUCCCAAAAGAGAAAAUCUUUCUUUAGGAAACUUGCAAACGCUUUCAAUGGCAACAAACUUUGUGUGUAGUGAAAAGAUUGUGGAAAUGAUUCCCAACAUAAAAAAGUUGGAAAUAUGUUACUAUGAAGACAAGUUUGGUGAGGGUUAUCGUAUUGACAAUCUUAUGCAUUUGCUUCGACUUGAGAAGCUGAAAUUAGAGAUGCAUUGUUCAUUUGUGCCUUGUCUAAAUCCUAUAUUUCCUCUGUCCCUGAAAAAGUUAGAAUUGAGUGGCGGGUGGAUUUCUUGGAGAGAUAUGACAAUUGUUGGUUCGUUGCCAAAUCUUCAAGUGUUGAAACUAAAGAAGUAUGCUUGCUAUGGGGAACAAUGGGAAACCACUGAGGGGGAAUUUCGUAUGUUGAGACAUCUGCUUAUUAAUGAAUCAAAUCUCAAGUGUUGGACAACUGAAUAUAGCCACUUUCCAAGGCUCCGGUGCCUAAUGCUUCGUCGGUGUGCAUACUUGGAUGAGAUUCCAAUUGAUAUUGUAGAGAUUCCGACACUUGUACUGAUUGAUAUCGAUGAUCAUAACCCAUCCCUUUUGUACUCGGCAAAAAUUAUACAAGAGGAGCAAUGGAUGACCUAAAAGUUGUUGUGAAGCGUUCUUGAUCUUCGUUCAAACUUGACUGUGUGCUUCAUAUCAGAUGAUGCAUCCUGCUAUCAGGUAAAAGGAUCAAUAAGCUUUUAUAGUAGGUGAGGGGAAAAACGAAUAAAUUGGUUGAAUUUUUAGUUGGUGGUAU